AUGAACUGCACGACCAACGCCACCAUCACGCCUCAGCUGGGCCUCGUCCUGAGCCCAGGGGCUGAAAAUGGAGGGACUCAGGACAGUAGUGGUGGUGGAGGUACUGGUGGUGGACUUUGGGUGACAUCUCUACUUGGUGUAACUCUGAUGUUCAUGUGUGCCAUGGGUGUGGCGGGCAACAUGUACACGCUCGUCAUCACGCGAUCGGCUGCCUUGCGUAGAAAUGGCUCGAUGUACGUUUACAUCGUCAACUUGGCUCUGGCGGAUCUCCUCUACUUGUCCACCAUCCCCUUCGUCGUUUGUACUUACUUCGCCCACGACUGGCUGUUCGGAGAGGCGGGAUGUCGCAUCCUGCUGAGCCUCGACCUCCUCACCAUGCACGCCAGCGUCUUCAUCCUGGUCGCUAUGAGUCUUGAACGCUACCGUGCCGUGGCGAGUCCUUUCAGCGCUCACAAGUCCUCGACUCGUAAACGGAGGCUAGCUGCGUGGGUUAUCUGGGGGUUAGCUUUCGUGCUAACGCUCCCCAUGAUGGUGAUGAUCCGCCUCAGAGAGGGGAAACCGACCGCUAGUGGAACGGUGAAGAGGAUCUGCUUCCCUACGUGGACGUAUGAGGCCUUCAAGGCUUACAUCACCGUGCUGUUUCUGACCAGUGUUUUAGUUCCUGGAUUGAUAAUCGUCGGGCUGUACGUGGGGCUAGCUAGCCGCUACUGGGCGGUUCAGGCUAGUUUUGGAGGCAGCAGCCGUUCUGCCAACAGGAGAGGACUCAAACAGAAAGUUGUGUCCAUGAUCUUCAGCAUCGUGGUGGCAUACUGGGCGUGUUUCCUGCCUUUCUGGGGAUGGCAGCUAGCCAAACUCUUCUCUCCAGAGUCCCUCAGUGCUUUGUCUCCGGCGGCGCAUAAUUACGUGAAUUUCUUCGUCACGUGUCUGACGUACGGGAACAGCUGCAUCAAUCCAUUUCUUUACACUCUCCUGACCCGAAACUAUAAAGACUACUUGGCCCAGAAAAGUCAGUCCGUGGGAUCGAGCAGGGCUGACCCCGUAUCAGCUGUGACGACGCCACUGCAGGAACUUUAG